AUGAGAGAUAAGCUCAAUCUGGCAAAAACUCAUUGCGUUCUCGGAAAUGCAUUCGCCUUCCACGCCGGCAAUACCUUCAAGUCGAUUAAAAUUGAGGAUCGACCAAUCGGGGAGUGGUUAGACAUUUUGCCGCUUUGUGGAUCCUCCAUCACUGGAUUAGAAAUCGAAGACGAAGAGGAUAACGUGAUUGUGGCCAAGUUGGCCUCUACGCACUGUCCCAACGUGGAGAAGAUUCGCUUUCACGUUCACAGCAGUUCCUUAAAUCAAUUCAACUCGCUGCUUUUACCUUUACAAAAUUUGUUUUACAUCGAAAUUUGGAAAUAUUCUCAAAAUUUUUGUGUGGUGGAUACGUUGCUGCAAAUGCCCAAUCUAAAACACUUGACGUUAUUCACGUUCAACUAUCGCGAUAUGGAAAGAGUUGGAGAACUUACGAAUCUGACGAAAUUGAAUUUGUGUAACGAAGGAUUACCCAUUGAUAUCUGCAAAUGUUACUCGCCACUGAAGAACAUUAAUAGCUUGGAGUUAGAAGACGUUGUUUUCCGUAUGCCCAAAGAUCUAGGUGGCGAAACAUUGUGGCCGAAAAUUGAAAUACUCAAAGUUACCAUUCGGAUCUUCGACAUGCCGCUCCCUUACUUUCCGACUCUAAAACAUUUGUCCAUUGAAAUAAAUAACAGCAAGAAAAGCCUUUCCGAUGUAUUUGGAGAAUCGGUCUUCAGUUAUGGCAAAACCUUAGAGUCGCUGAGUUAUUGUAAAACUUUCCCUAAUAGUAUCGAUGAUGAUGACAUCGGGAUAUUAAUAAAGCUAAAGGCUCUUAAGAAACUCGAGUUGCGGGUGAAAAGCGAUAAUUGUUUGCACGAUAUAUGCCAAUUGGAGAACCUGGAGGAGUUGAACUUGGCACGUUCAAGAAUCACUAACGGUGGAGUCAUUGAGGUAAUCAAAAGGAGCACAAAACUGCGACAACUAAACAUUUGCGAAUGCGUCGGGGUUAACAGCGAUAUGGUCGAGGAAGCUGUAGCUGCUCUACAGGAUUGCCCCCGUAGGUCGGAUAAGCCAUUUUUACUCCAAGUUAGUCCUAGCUUUGGAGAUGUCGAUAAGGAAAUCGAAAUUGGAGAUCGACCAAUAGAGGAUUGGUCUGGUAUUUUGUCGCUGUGUGGAUCCUCUGUUACUAGCAUCAGAGCCGAAUAUAUCAGGAAUUCAUUGUCUGCGGCCAAGUUGGCCUCCAUGCACUGCCCCAACCUGGAGAAGUUUAGCUUUCCCUUUCUCAGCAGUUCUUGGAAUCAAUUCCAGUCGCUGCUUUUGACUCUUCAAAAUCUGUCUUGCAUAGAAAUUUGGAACUGUUCUGAGAAUGUUAGUGUAGUUGAUGCGCUGCUGCAAAUGCCAAAGCUGAAACACUUGAAGUUAUCCGGCAACUAUCACGAUUUGGAAAGACUUGGAGAACUUUCGAAUCUGACGAAAUUGAAUUUGUCUAACCAUGGAGAACCCAUUGAUAUCUUCAAAGUUUGCUCUCCACUGAAGAACAUUAUUAGCUUGGAGUUGGAAAACUUUGUUUUCCGUAUGCCCAAAGACCUAGGUGGCGAAACAUUGUGGCCGAAAAUUGAAUUACUUAAAGCUAACUAUGGGUACUUCCACACGCCGCUGCCUUACCUGCCGACAUUAAAAAAUUUGACCAUUGAAAAAAUGGAUAACUAUGACAGGAAUAGCCUUUACUAUGUAUUGGGAGAAUCGGUCUUUAGUUAUGGCAAAACCUUGGAGUCAAUGAGUUAUUAUCGCUAUUUUACUAUCAAAGAUUAUGAAAUCGAAAUAAUAAUGAAGCUUAAGGCUCUUAAGAAACUCGAGUUCAAGGUGGGAAGCGAUGAUUGUUUGCAAAAUAUAUGCAAAUUGGAGAACCUGGAGGAGUUGAACUUGGCAAGUUCGGAAAUAACUAACAGUGGAGUCAUUGAGGUGAUCAAUAGGAGCAAAAAAUUGCGACAUCUUAACAUUUGCGAAUGCGUCAAGGUUAACAGCGAUAUGCUCAAGGAAGCUGUAGCUGCUCUACAGCAUUUCCCCCGUAAGUCGAAUAAGCCAUUUGUACUCUGUGUUAGUCCUAGCUUUGGAGAUGUCGAUAAGAAUUUUCCGGUUAAGAAACCCAGAUCAUUAGCUCUGCACUCUGAAAAUGGUGGAGCCAGCCAAGUGGCAGAGGCGAGAUAA